AAUGGAUAAUCGGCCAAAAUCUGAAAUGAAAGGAGAAAAGGAUCCAAGGAAGAGCAAAGCAAUCAUGACUCGAGAGGGAUGUAUUCUUAAAGUCGAUAGUUUGGCUGUACUGUUGCUGCUUUUUCUACCACUGUUGUCUGCUCAGAUCACUCCAGUCUUCCAGACAGAGGUACCUUUCAGCCCUCUGGCUACCAAGGAGCCCCUGGAAAGAGGGAGGGUAAAUCCCCAGCCUGGCUCUGUUUCCCCCAUCCCUAGUCUAAGCCCCAGUAUGGAGCCAUCAGAAGAGGAUGAGUGGGCACCGGCGGAGGCCUACCUGUACAAUGGCAAUGCCACCCUCCUUACCCUGGCAAACUGCUCACGGGCCUACCGUCUCCCUGGGGUACAGAGUGUCCCAGUUGGACUUCAACCCUUCCUUCGCCCUUCCCUAGAUGCUCUUACCAAUGCUGCCAACUUCCUCAACAUGAUCUUCCAGGCCAAUGACCUGCGUGAAAGCAGUGUUACAGAGGACAUGGAGUGGUACCAUGCCCUGGUCCGAGGUCUGCUGGAGAGUGAUCCACUAAUUCGUAGGGCCCUCCUAACCUUUGAUGCCCAGCCCACUGCCCCCCGUCCUCAACUGGUGCUACGGGCCUCUCGGCCUUCCUCCAAAUCCCAGGACAUCUUGCUACAGGACUUGUCCUCUACUUGGGAGAUGCUGCACCCACCACCCCCUGCCCCUGAUGCUAGUUGGUUUACUGCUCUCAAGUUCCCUGAGCUGUCCCAACAGGCCCCUUCUCUUUCCAAGCGGGUACUCCUUAACGACCUGCGUACCAUGGACACCCCCAAAUGGGGGCGAGGUGACAGCUAUGUGACAAACCGUGAUGGUGUGCAUUGGGCCAAUGCACCCUUUCUCGAGUGUGAGGGUGGGCGUUUUUUGCCUGGCUGGCUACUUACUCUCUCUACGUCCUUCUAUGGCCUCAAGCCUGAUCUCAGUCCCGAGUUCAGGGGUGUGAUCCGUGUCGAUGUAAGUCUACAGAGUUUUGACGUGGACCAGUGUGCAAAAGGGGAAGAUUGGUUUUCUGACACACACCAAUGCAACCGUACCAGUAUGCAGUGUGAGCCAAUCCGUGGACAAGGCUUUCGUCUGGGCCAGUAUCGUUGCCGUUGCAAAGAGGGGUACUACAGCCCGGCAGCAGCCACUCGGGAUAUAAACAAGGCAAAUGGCUGUAUUGCAAAUGCCAGUGGGUUCUGUGCCCCUAUCCUGCCUGUGUGUCUGCCCUGUUGGCCGGAUUGCCUGCGCUGUGAGGAUGGUUCCCCCUGCAGGGUGCAGGAGGACUCAUACCUACGAGCAGGUGUGCUGGCAGUGCAGGGCUUCUUCAUGUUGCUCAUCUUCAUCAGCAUGCUGGUAGCAUACCAGUUCCGUAGGAGCAAGAGAAUCAGAGCAUCAGGUCUGUUACUGUUGGAGACCAUUCUGUUUGGCUCUUUACUCCUGUACUUCCCUGUCUUCAUCCUGUACUUUAAGCCCAGUACUUUCCGCUGUAUCUUGCUUCGCUGGGUUCGCCUACUGGGUUUUGCCAUUGUUUAUGGCACUGUCACACUGAAGAUGUACCGAGUGCUGAAGGUGUUCCUGUCACGUACCGCCCAGAGGGUACCCUAUAUGUCCAGUAUACAUCUGUUGAGGAUGCUGGGGGUGAUAGUGCUAACAGUCAGCUGGUUUUUGUCUGCCUGGACUGCUGGGGUGCUGCAGAAUCGUGAUCGAAACAUUCCUUUGUUAAUUACUUCCACCACCUCAAAUGGGCAGGGUUUCAGCCUGUGUGACCUGGACCGCUGGGACUACAUGAUGGCCAUAGCGGAGUUUCUGUUCCUGUGCUGGGGCAGCUUCCUGUGCAAUGCAGUGAGGACAGUUCCCUCUUCCUUCCAUGAGCCACGUUACAUGGGCAUUGCCAUCCACAAUGAGCUGCUGCUUUCAUCCACUUUCCAUCUGCUCCGAUUUAUCAUGCCCUCGCUGCACCCAGACUGGAUGCUGCUGCUAUUUUUUACCCACACUCAUGUCACUAUUACUGUGACGCUUGGCCUGCUCUUCAUUCCAAAGUUCCUGCAUAUGUCACAGCCAUUUAGGGAGGAGAUUGCAGCAGAGGUAUAUGAAGAUGAAGUGGACCUUCGUCGCUCUGGCUCAUACCUCAACAGCAGCUUUGCCUCUAGCUGGAGUGAGCACAACCUGGACCCUGAUGAUAUUCGGGAUGAGCUGAAGAAGCUGUAUUCCCAAUUGGAGGUACACAAGACCAAGAAGAUGGCUGCCAACAAUCCUCACCUGCAAAAAAAACGUAGUUCUCGCCGAAGUCUGGGACGCUCCAUCAUGAAGCGAAUAACAGAGAUCCCAGAAUCCAUGAGUCGCCAGUGCAGCCGUGAGGACAAGGAGAGCUCACUUGGUGUAGGAGGGUGUAGUGAGGCAGGGUCAUGCAAAAAAAAGGCUCUGGAGUUCAGCAGCACUAAGUCAAAGGAUGAAUCAAUCAAGCGUUGUGUCCUCUCACUUCGAAAGUCCCAGAGCACCUAUGACUAUGCCCAAGAUCAUCGUCCAUGCUCUGGUGACACAAAGGAACCUUCACUGCUUGACUCUUUGAUGAGGAAAAAGCUUGCCAAAAAUGUUUCUGAGCAUUCAGACACAGAAUCUGUGGAUUCUGCACCAUUGGCUUACAAAUCAGCCAGUGCCCACAACCUCUCAGCUGAAAAGAAUUUGUUCCAGCCUGAGCCCAGCAAGUUGCAAAAGUCACUAAGUGUCAUGGCAAGUAAUAAGGGGUCCACCACUGUCCAUCCCAGCAAGACAUACAGUCUUGAGGACACUUUGCUACGUGGCAGGGUAAGCACUUGGGAGAGUAAUCUGUCUAGACUGAAUGUCACAAUCAGGACACAGACCACACAUGCCCUUCUGUCUGAGUCAUUUGACAAGGCAGAGGUCUGUCCCUGGGAGCUUGUGGAUCACCUUCCUGAAAGUAAAACCCAGAAGCAUGUCACCUAUGCUCUUUCUCAGCACAAUGACCAAAGUACCCUAGAGGAAGGAUCAACUCACAGACCGCAAAGUUACAUUUCCCCUUGGGACAUAUUGCCAUGUGAUCCUCCAAGAGACGGCUCAUCUUUGUCAGGAGAGGAGAUACAGAACAAGGAUCUGAGAGGGAAGGGAGAUCUUCGUGUAACUGUCAAAGAUGGAUCAGACUCAGAUUCAGAAUCUACCAAGCCACAGGUACCUGUCUCCUCAAGUGCACCAGGUUCUCCUGCCACACGUAAGACAAAAGCUAAAGAGCACCGGGUCUUCUCUUAUCGUGGUCCACCUCAUAGUUUUGGCCUCUCUGUGAAAAGUCUAGUGGGGUCUGGGAAAGGUAGUAGCAAGGACAAGAACAAGAGAGGAAUCGAAGAGAAAGAUAAGACAAACAAUGCAUUGAGGUCCAGCCCCCUUGGGAUAGCUAAUCCAAGCAUGAAUAAUGUAGGAGCAUUGAAGAAUGACAACAGUAAAGAUGAAGUACACACCCUAAUUCCAGAUAUUUCAGCUCUACAGAAACAACAAACAGCUGUGCAAACUAUCUGUCCCUGGGAGGUGGAGGACACUAAACCCUGCCUUGUCAAGCAGGCAGCAAUCAGAGCAUCUUCUAUUGAUUCUCCAGAAAGGACCACAAAAAGACUGGAGAAUAUUCAGGCAGAUCUUUGCUCCUUGGAAAAACAGAACAAAGAAAAGCAGAAAAGGCAGGAGAAUGUCUACACAAACAUCUGUCCAUGGGAAACACUAGAAUCAGAGAUGACAAGGCAGAACAGUUCACUUGCUAACAUAUGCCCCUGGGAAAUGGAGGAAAAAACUCCUAGCAUGGAACAAAAAUAUAACCUAAAGGGAUCAAGGCCCACUAUAGGUAUCUUAUCCAAAACCAAUAUUUCUGCUCAGACCAAUGUGAACACAGAGGUGUGUCCUUGGGAUGUUACUAAGCCACCCGAACAGACAAUAGAGAGACAGCAGAGCUGCAUUGCAAACGUCUGUCCAUGGGAUGUGGAGGAAAGCAACCCCUGCCAAGUCAAGGAGGACUCUAAGUCCUCUCUAGAAAGAGAGGAGGAGAUAAGGAAAACACAAAAAAGUCCACAUCUCAACACAUGUCUCUGGGAGGAAUCCGAGGUGUCCACAGAGAGACAGAAAUGUCUUCGUACAAACAUUUGUCCAUGGGAAACAGAGAAACCAGAGGAAACAACAACCAAACAGAAAGGUGUUUAUGCAAACAUCUGUCCUGGGGAGGCACUAGAACAAACGUGCCUUGCCGUGCCUUGCCAUGACAGUGAGAAACAAGAAGAGAAAAGCACAAAGCCCACUAUUAUGAUCACCGCUACAAAAGACAAGGAAGUAAAUCCACCAUAUCAGACCAGUGACAAAGCAGAAGUGUGUCCCUGGGAUGUUCCAGAUCCAUGCCAGCAGGUCCAAGAAAGACUUCAUAGCAGUGUGGCAGAUGUCUGCCCUUGGGAUGUGGUGGAACCCGAGAAAACACAAAAAAAAGAGGAGAAUGUUCAUGUGGAGGUACAUCCUUGGCGAAAAGAUGAAAAUAAGAAAUCAGAAACAGAGGAGAAAGUCCAUGCAAACAUCUGUCCAUGGGAUACACAAGAACAAACUGCUAGUCAUGACAAUCAAAAACAAGAAGAGAAAAGCACCAAGCCCACUAUUAUGAUCACCGCUACAAAAGACAAGGAAGUAAAUCCACCUUAUCAGACCAGUGACAAAGCAGAAGUGUGUCCCUGGGAUGUUCCAGAUCCAUGCCAGCAGGUACAAGAAAGACUUCAUAGCAGUGUGGCAGAUGUCUGUCCCUGGGAUGUGGUGGAACCCGAGAAGACACAAAAACGAGAGGAGAGUGUUCAUGUGGAGAUGCAGGAGGUGAAAUCUCCCAUUAUUGUGGAUGAUAGCACUCCAGCAAUUCAACCCUGGGAACAUGAAGACAUAGCUGAUGAUGAUGAUGCAGAGAGUGCUGCAGAAGCAUUUUUCUUCCCAGCUGACUUGUGA